GUGAAGGUUGUGUUUGACUCGUACCCCUCCGAUAAAGUGUUUAAUUAAACACGACGUUGCCCUUGAGCCGUAAUGGCCGCUUUCUUGUUGUAUUGUUCUCCUUCAUGGACAACAUGGCCGGCCUGGCAGUGACGUCACAGGUGCCCGUAUGUGGGCGGGGUCAGGAGCUGUGAGGGCUGACAGGCGCACCCGGAGAUCCGACGGGAUACUGCGCAUGCGCGGUGCAGAUUUACAGUGGCGUUUUUAGAGGCUAUUUACAUUCCGAAUCACCCGUAAACACGCAGUCUUACACAGUACAUUAACGUUAAACAGUUAAUAUCACAGUUCAUCUCCAUGUAGUAGUUUAGAUGCUCAUAUAAUCUGCGCACACACAAUUACUCUACUACGGCUAUAGAAGCUCCAGUACAACGGUUGCUAUGUGAACGACUUGUCAGACGUCCAAUCAGCGGACAGUUUAUUUGGCGUUCAGCCAAUCCGAGCGCGAGAAGAAUGUGGGCGGGGACUAAAGAAUAAAUAGCGCAGACAGGACGCCAUUUAAAAACACCGUUUAUUCUGUCGCUAGAUACAACUUUAAAUGCUAAAUUUAAAUAUUGUUAAAGAUGUUGUUAUUUAAAGUUCUCAUCUUUAACGGAUUUGAUAUAAACGACAUAUUUAAAAACGCAUAAAAGCUUUUGUUUUGGGUUUUUAAAUGUCAGUUGAGAAGUGGGCGUGGCUUCGUCCGAGUGAUGACUUACACCGAGGAGUUGUUUAUAUCAUCACUUUAAAUUCUGUUCUGUUUACAGCGCGUUUAUUCGUGGCUUAACAGGAAGUCGGCUCACUAGUCGCAUCCGCUUGCCGGAAGUAACGUGACGUCACAGCGCGUUUGCGCUCCAACGGUUUUAACGGUCCUGAAUAACACCCGGAAGUGCGAACAGCCAAUCAGAGCACAGGACACAACUUCACUCAGUGGUGUAGAAAUGUAAAGAUGUCGGCUCUGGUGAGGACAGUGAAUGUUCUCAGAGCAGGAGCUCAGCUCAUCAGACGCGGACCUCAGCACAGCUUUAUAAGGAAGGCAGGUGGAGCUCCACACAUUGUGGCUCAGUACCGUCAGCCUCCUCAGCUCACGAAUCGCCAGAAGUUUCGUGCUGAGCUGCUUAGCGGAUUCAUGUGGUUCUGGAUCCUGUGGCAUUGCUGGCACGAUUCAGACGCUGUACUGGGUCAUUUUCCAUGGCCGGACACAGACGCCUGGACUGACGAGGAGCUGGGAAUUCCUCCUGAUGAUGAGUGAUGUCAUCAUCCAGCACACCAGUGGGUGCUGAGUGGAGAGUGUGUGUGUGUGUGAUCUGUGACUUCCUGCUGUACAGAGACUCGUUCAGUCUGAUUUUGUUUUCUGUUCACGUCUAUUUAAAAAAAUAAAAAAAAAUAAAUAAA